CUCCGCGGAGCCGCUCACUGCAUGGUAGUCUUGGUGCCCCGCCACCGCCCGCAUCGCCUCCGCCGCCGCCUCGCGACGAGCACCGCCGCCCUCUUCCCUGCAGCCGCCGCCGCCUGUGUCGCCGCCGCCUCGGGACCGGCUGUAUGAUUAGGCCACAAUCUUCAAUGAGUAGACAUAUUCCUUUCUGUGGUGUUCUUGGUCACACAUUUAUGGAGUUUCUGAAGGGCAGUGGAGAUUACUGCCAGGCACAGCACGACCUCUAUGCAGACAAGUGAACUGUAGAAACUCAUUACUACUCCACCAAGAAGCCCCCAUAAGAGUGGUUAACCUGGACACAGAAGUGUUUUGAAAUCUGCGAAGCCUUUUACAAGUGUUGUGACCUGGAUGGGGUAAAGCUCAGUGCCCUUCCUUCUAUUGCCUCAGUAUUACUGGAUUGAAGAGUUGCUGCUUCUCUUUAGGAGUUAUUUCAUUUACCAUCGCUCCCAAUUUCAUAUGCAAAGCACUGAGAAUUUCAAGUGGAGUAUAUUGAAGUAGACUUCAGUUUCUGCAUCAUUUCUGUAUUCAACUUUUAAAUUCUUUCAUAACCCUCUUGAGUGUUUUUAACUAAAUUAACAUGGCUCGAAUGAACCGCCCUGCUCCUGUGGAAGUCACGUACAAGAACAUGAGAUUCCUUAUUACACAUAACCCAACCAAUGCAACCUUGAACAAAUUUAUAGAGGAACUUAAGAAGUAUGGAGUUACUACAAUAGUAAGAGUUUGUGAGGCAACUUAUGAUACUACUCUUGUGGAAAAAGAAGGCAUCCAUGUUCUCGAUUGGCCUUUUGAUGAUGGUGCACCACCAUCCAACCAGAUUGUUGAUGACUGGUUAAGUCUUGUGAAGAUUAAAUUUCGUGAAGAACCUGGCUGUUGUAUUGCUGUGCAUUGUGUUGCAGGCCUUGGGAGAGCUCCAGUGCUCGUUGCCCUAGCAUUAAUUGAAGGUGGAAUGAAGUACGAAGAUGCAGUGCAGUUCAUUAGACAAAAGCGGCGUGGAGCUUUUAACAGCAAGCAACUUUUGUAUCUGGAGAAAUACCGUCCUAAAAUGCGGCUGCGCUUCAAAGACUCCAAUGGUCAUAGAAACAACUGUUGCGUUCAAUAAAACUGGGGUGCCUGAUGCCAUCGCCUUGCAAAUGGAACUUGAGAUGGACCUAAUUUGUCGUACAUAGUAGUGGACAUUGGCUUGGGGAAUAAGUCUAGUCGAACUUCCGUAGGAGUAUUGAAAAGCAGUUUUACCAGGCCACACUUGACAAGAGUGGUUUGGGUUAUGACCAUUAGCAAAAGAUUCCUGCUAUUGAGCAUCUGAAAUGUGCUUAUUUAUCCCAACUGACCUUUCCUAAAAUCAUUGCCUUGUCAUUAAAUCUAUCCCCAUGUCAGAAUUUUAUCAAUAUGUAAGAGAUUUAGAAGGAUUAGGUGCCAAAAUAUCCAGCACAAUACUUGUAUAUUUUUAGUACCAUACAGAACCAAAUUUCCAGGAACUAGCAACACUCUAGAUCUUAUGUGAUUUAUUCCUUCAGUCAUUUCAAACAUGUAGGGCCUAUAUGGUUAUUUGCCUGCUCGUUUAUGUUUACAUCUCCCAUGUUUGUACCAGUAUACAUCAGGUUUGUUUUUUUUUUAAUUUUUACCAAGUCUCGUGAUUAUUUAAUGUCUUUCUAUAUUGUCUUGUUUGUGCAGUAGGGGAAACCUUCAUUUUGAAAAUCUUCAUUGUUACAGAAGCACAUGUUUUUAAUAACGUCUCCAGACAAAAAGCCUUACAGUUAAUUUAAUGUUUGCACUCUGAGGUGCAUCUUUAGGGGGAGCCUGAAAGAGUGGGAGGGGCUAUUAAAUAUUUUUUGUAGCGUUGCUUCUGUCUUGUGCAGAACACGUAGAGUAUCUUUAAUUUAGUAAAUAUUUUUUAAAGGUAGACACGCUUUGUUAUUGUAGCUUAACAAUUCUUAAUCAUAACAUUUCUGAAAUUCUUAUAAUUUUUUUCAUGCUUAUCAGAAGUUGUUUACCAACUUAUUUUUUGUUUGAAUUGUGAUUUUUCUUUUUCCUCCCUCCCCAACCUCUCUUGCAAAAAAAGAAGUGGGUUUCUGCUAAUGAAUUGAGCAGACAUCUAAUAUUUUAUAUGCCUUUUGAGCUGUGUAACUUAAUAUUUGGAUACUUGAUAAUUUGUUUUAUUAUGUAAUUGAUAAAAUGGUGAUGUGUAUUAAUGUUAGUUCAACCAUAUAUUUAUACAGUCUGGGAAUGUGUGGUUAUAGUUCUGUGGGAGAAAUAAAUUGUCAGUGUUCACCAGCUUGUAAAAACUUAGUGUGAGAGCUUAAACAUCUAAAUAAAUAAUGAAAUGCAUUUAUCAUCAUGAGAUUGUUUUGCUUAAAGUUAACUUAUUUUGCAGAAAACAGUUGCACUUCCAUUAAUGCCAUUUGAUGUAAGAAUGUGUGGGGGUUUUUUGUUUUGGUUUGGUUUGGGUUUUUUUUUUGCAAAUGAAGGAUUAAGUCAGUAUUGUAUUAUGUUUAGACAAAUGAGAGUCAUGAGCACUUCUUUAUUGUAAGUGCUUUUCAUCAUAACUCUUUUUAAAAAGGUCUAGAUUUAAAGUCCUGAGCCAGUUCAUUUUCAUUACUGGAUACUGAGGAGUAAAACAAGAAGGCCUUGUUUUUUUAAAAACUCAGUUCCACUAAUUAGGGAUUUGUUUCAAUUAAUUUGAGUGGGAUUGUGGCACUCACAGGAGUAACAUCAAGCUUUCAAUAAUCUGAAAUAUGUAGUUCAUGUUAACGAUAUUUUAAAUAUCUCAAAGAUUUGAAAAGUAAAAUUCCACCUUGUGUUACAAAGAGUCUGCUUCUCUCUCUUCUGACAGUUUAGAACUUAAUAUAUUCCAUUCUUAAGUUUUAACCAACACAAAAAGAACAGAUUUGUGGAGAUGCUUGGCUUUUUAAAUUUAGAUCGUGUGUGUUUGCAGCAAAUUAUUUAGCCUGAGAUGUUUUCUUAUUCUUUUAAAAAAAUUGAGCCUACUCUUGAAGGUAAUUUUGUGUGAUUACUAAAUGAGAUACUGUUACUACAAAACAGCAUUUGUGCUUACUAGGAGAUAAGAGGUGCCAUCAUGAUUACCAGAAGUAGAAUUGAUUUGUUGUUUGAUUGUAAAUAUGGUGCUAAAGAAUCACUUUACUUUAUAAAUUUUACCUAUACAGUGUACAACAUGGGAUUUGCUUUUUAUCCAAAUAUUUUGUAUCUUGUAAAUAAGGCUAAUUAUAGGAAUACUUGUGAUACAUCUCAGAAGAUUCCUUAUGUGUGAGAAUUUAAAGAGCUAUGACAAGGUCUUGAAUUCAAGAAGUUACUUAUAGACGCUGUUUUAAAAUGUGGUUUGGAUUCCUCAGAGGGAUGAUGUAACAGUGACUGGUUGCCCAGGCCUCUGUAGGAGCCAUAGUGUUGAAGACAAUGUGACACUGAAUUGUAAGGAGAAAAGGAAAACCGGAGAAAUGGGUGCUGUUAGUCAUUCUGUAGUGCCCUGCUAUCCCGGGACAGUGCUCUUGUUUCCAUACCGUAACACAGCUCCAGGCCUAGAAGCAGCCCCCCAGGUGCAUCCCCACCCCCCCCC